AUGCCGACCUUCUUAACACCAGGCCGGCACGGCUAUAGUGUCCGUUUCUCAAGAACAAGACCUGAUGCUUUAGCUGUAGCAACUAGCCAGUAUUAUGGGUUAGCUGGUGGAGGAACAUUAUUUUUCCUCGAGAUUUCACCAGAUGGUUCCACAAUAGUUGAAGUACAAAAACUAGAGUGGACUGAUGGAUUAUUUGAUGUUACGUGGUCGGGUACGUCAGACGGUGUCGCGGCUUGCGGUUCAGGCGAUGGCACGAUUAUCGUAUGGCGCGUGGGGUGCGCCGCGCCCCUGCGAGUGUUGCGCGCGCAUCACAGUGAAGUUUGUUCUGUUGAUUGGAUGCGAACGCAUUUGCUAAGCGCCAGUUGGGAUACUACGGUCAAAUUGUGGGACCCCGAAUCGGAAACAUGUCUCAACACAUUCGCGGGUCAUUCCCAACUGGUUUACACGGCUGCAUUCUCCCCUCAUUCACCAGCGACUUUUGCGUCGGUGUCGGGUGAUGGUCACCUCAAAUUGUGGUCCUGUACGGAAUCAUCGCGGCCUGCGGCGGUCGUCAAAGCUCACGAUGCUGAGGUGUUAUCCUGUGACUGGAGUAAGUCGGAAAGCCACGUGGUAGCAACGGCUGGUUCGGACGGACUCAUUCGAGGAUGGGACCUUCGGAGAUUGACUGCGCCUAUGUUCACUCUAAAAGGUUGUGAAUGCGCGGUUAGAAGGGUUCAGUUUUCGUCGCAUGCGCCGUCGAUAGUAGCGGCUGUGUCAUACGAUUUUACUACAAGAAUAUGGGAUUUAAAACGCGGCUGUGAUCCAUUAGAAACGAUAAGACACCAUUCGGAAUUCACAUACGGCCUCGACUGGAAUACGUUGAGGCCGCACCAGAUCGCCGAUUGUGGGUGGGACUCUUUGGUUCACGUUUUCACGCCGAGAUCGCUCGUCUGA